CCGAGACAUUCAAUAGUACGUGAUCAAUAUCAUCAGGAAGCAUGACUGUCCCAGCUGCGUUUAAGCUUCUCCUUCUCGCUGGUCUCCUUGCCGGAGUCUUCGCCCAGGAUUUCGAGGACAGUGCGGCACAGUCGUCGAAAGAGGAUGUAGCCGAGUCCGAGCGGCGUGAGGCUGAGGCAAGGCUGUUCCACAAGCAGGCCGAAAAUGCCGUAUACAAUUUCACUACCAUCCUCGUCGACAGUAUAAUGGAUGUGACCCAGGGAAGGAUAGAAGUCAGGGAUGGUGUACGCGUUGAGGGAAAAUACUGGUACAGCAAUGGGGUCGAGAAGCGAACGGUCGUCUACGUUUCUGACGAAAACGGAUACAGAGUAAUCUCGGAUACGACCGAGCUUCUUGCCGAGAAACCUAAUUUCGACGCUAACGGACGGAUCUCUGUCCACACGAAUAUUGCCGGUCAAGACUUCUCAUACACCAUUAGCGCGGACGAUAUCGCCCGCUAUAAAGAGGACGCCGAAAGAAAAGCCCUAGUUUAAGGAUACCGGUAAUUGCCUCUUGACGAAUCUUAGUUCAUCACGGUUGUUCAAUAAA